GUGACCGACUCGGAGCUUCAGAACAUGCGGGAAGACACCCCGGUCCUUUCCCAGGGUGCAUCGGCGUCAUCAUCAUCGUCAUCGGCGUCAGGGGCAACAACAGCAACAACAACGACGGUGUCCGGAGAGGAGAAGUACAUUGUGGUGGACAACCUGCACCUCAUGGAGCGAGGGGAGGCCACCCAGAUCAUCAUCACCACCUCCUCUGACGGGCCAGAUGACGGUUCCGCACCGGGGACUUAUUACACGGUGACGACAAGCACUGUGGCUGAUCCGAUGGCCCCCUUGUCGGCGUCUACGCCCGGGGCUCAGGUAGUGGAGGCCACUGAAGCUCAGAUCGUCAACGCGUUGUCUGGGGAGAAGAACUCGGAGAUGCUGCGCCUCUUCCUCCAGUCGCACGGCGUCACAGCUCGGCAGCAGGCAACAGUUACCCCACCGCCACCACCACCACCACUACAGCAUAAGCUGCAGCAACAACAGCAGGAGAACAUUGUGUCAUCGCCAGCUGUUAGCAGGAGCUCUGGGGUCCCCCCUCUUCAGGCAGCAGGCGGUGGUCAGGUCGCGGCUACGGGAGACGGUGACGGGUCAGAGACAGGGGUCGUUCCCGCCUCUCCAGAGAAGAAGAGUUCCUCCCCGGGCAGGAAGAGGAUUCACCCUCAGAAGCCGGGAAAGUAUCAGUGCAAGUACUGUCAGCGCACGUGCGCCAAGCCAAGCGUGCUGGAAAAACACCUGCGCGCACACACCAACGAGCGCCCGUUUCCCUGCGUGGUGUGUGGCGUGUCAUUCAAGACGAAAAGCAACUUGUCCAAGCACUGCAAGUCCAACGCGCACGUGUCGCGCACGGGCAUCUCGUGGGGCGGAAGUAAGGACAGCACGGGGGGAGGGGACGGGAAGGAGGCCGAGAUGAAAGUGGAGGAGGACGAGGGAGACUCUGAGGGGACGGACACAGAUGUGGAGGGCGCGGGUGCCGGGGACAAGGAGGACGAGGAUCAGGACCUCGACCAGCCCAAGGUCGUCGUGGAGAGGACGGAGGGCGUGGCCAUGACGGAGCUGGCAGCGGCGCAGACGCAGGCGGCGGCCGGUCAGCUGGUGAGGCAGGAGCGGGUUCUGGUCGGCAUCCGACAGCGGAUCGACAAGAACAAGAGGCAGCAGCAGCUCCAGGAGCAGUUGGAGAGGGAGGGGCGGAGCAAGUGGUUCGUCCGACUCUUCAACGCAUUCGAUAAGCCCUCGGAGAGCGAGAUGGCAAAGUACGACGAGGCGGAGACGCUCACGCGGGAGAACAUUCUGGGCAUGAGCGACAUCCUCGGCGCGACGGAGAUCCUGAAUCAGCUGGAGGAGUUGAAGAACAGCUACAAGGCUCAGUACCCGUCGGCCGUGCUGCCCGUACUCAUGACCCACCAGCCUCUACCGGGAGACAAAAUGACCGUGAAAAUCCUCAAACCCAAGAAAGUCUUUAUGGAAAGUGCUACAGCAGCAAAUUUUUUCCUCUCCUCUCCCUCCUCCUCUGUGGAUGAAAUAUCCCCCGCCGCAAGUUCCGCGUCUUUGGUGAUGAUGUCUUCAGGAAGUGUUGUUGGUCAGUCUCGGCCUAGACCUCAGGUGACGUCUCACAGCUCGGAUCUGUCGGAGCGGAUUUCAUCCGACUUGUCGCAGCAGCAGCGUCCUAAGCUGAUGUCGCACCGCAGCGACCUAUCGGUGGGGAGUCUCCGCUCCGUGUUUAGCCAGUCGAGCCGAGAGAGCGUCCUCUCCUCCCCGUCCAUCGACGAAUCGGGCGUGGCGAAGCAGCCAACCCCGGCCACACGGAACCCGGCGUUGGGCAGCUCGAACAACGCCGCUUUCUCCAACCCCGUCUCCCAAGACGACGGCCUCCUGACCCUGGGCCCCCAGCACCGCGCUCACUCUCAGGACCUGGAGACUCGAACCAGCUACUCCCCGGCCUCCUCCGUCACCUCGGACAUGGUGAUGGACCGGAUCGAGAUGAUCAUCACCAACAACGCAGAGAUCAUGGACCGGCACAGCGUGAGCGAGCCCCCGCGGCCACGCAACCGCUACAUGUACAUGAGACAGACCAGCGACUCAAGCUACCAGACGCUCAGGAUCUCCGACCUGCGGCCCGGCACAGAGAGCGCGUCUGUGGACCGGCUGACCGUCGAACCACCUGGAGACAAACUGUGGAAGAAAAAGCUGGCCGCCUCUCUGUCGGUCGGGGACACGGACGGUGCCACGUUGCGGCCAGAUUUUGUGAAGAGGUCCAUGUCGACGUCUUCGCUGAAGAAGGAGUCGACGAACGAGGGCGCGGUUAAGUCUGGCCAGCUACAGAACAUUGCCCCGUUGCCAGCAGAGAACAACAAGCUGGGAGUGACCGGCGUGUCCGGGGUGGUUCUGCCCGGAUCGACGGGUCAUCCGCUGGGGGCGGUCCUUCUCCCACAUCAACCCCCGACGCUGCAUGCCGCCGCUCAGCCCGGCAGCUCUGUGCUACCCAUCAUGGCCGCCAAGGUCACGGCACCGGCAGACACCCCCUCCAUGACGUCCGGACAAGUGGUGCAGAAAGCGGGGAUGGUGGAGAGCCAGCUGUCGGCCGCCCUCCCCCCUUCGCAGUUGUCCUCUCUCACACCCGUCCAGAUGGAGGCUCUGAAGACGGCGCAGCUUGUCUAUGUGCCCAUCACCUCCCUCCCACGCCAGGUGAGCGCAGGGGAGAGCAGCCUGACCCUCAAAACCCUGGACGCGUCCCACUUGACAACAGAGAGGAAACCCCAAAGUCCGAGUGUUGUAGGCGGGCUGCCUAGAUUCCAGACUGUUGCCAGCACGGCCGCGGAUACGAAGCCAAAACUCCUUCAAACGACGUCGGACACGACUCAGCCUUCGACGAUAAUGGCCGCCGCUCUCAAUGCCGCAUCACCGUCCGGCGGUCGGCUCAACAUACAACCAUCGUCGAGCCAGGCUGGGGUUCGAACCCCCCAGAAGACUUCUGUCUCCACCAUAUCCAUCCCCCCUCACUCCAUCCCGGCAUCUAUGCCCGCUAAGAUUGUACAGGGCCCCGGUCCGCACGAGAUCCAGAUCCAGAUCAAACUAUCCAAGAACGCCAAUGACCAGGCCGUGGCUCUCAUCCAGCCGAGCGUCCACGCGUCCGUCGCUGCGUCCUCCGCACCAGUGGCCAGUUCCUCCCCGGCAUCAGCCACACUACUGGCCCAACUGGCAUCUUCAGCGCCCCUGGCAACACCUUCGCCGUUGGUGACAGCUCGCACCGCUGCUGCAGACGGCAGCAACAGCAGCAGCAGCAACAGCAGCAUCAUCAGCUCCAUCCUGCAGGCGCCCAGACAGCUCAGCCCGAUGAUUGGCCAGCCGGGGGUACAGUUCCCGGCUCGCUCCAAGACGGGCUCGCCUCUUCUGGCCUCGCGCUCGUUUUCUGGACUGGGUUCUUCCUCCUUCUCCAACUCUUCUUUGGACAAAACGCCAACAGCGUCCCUGAUGCAGACUGGCUCGCUUGACUCCAUCCUUGCUCGACAAGAUUCGAACUCAUCGCCAUCCACCGCUCAGUCCAGAGUCUUGGGCCUGUUGGGCUCGGGCAGUCUUCAUGACCAGAAGAAAUCCAUGAGUCGACAGACGACGGGUAGCAACUCUCUCUCCAGCCAAGGGCAGACAACUCGACCUUCGUACCCGUUCAUGUCGGAGCUCCAGCACAGACUAUCGGUCACUCACCCGCCCGCCGACCACAGCCCCGUGAAGGGCAAACUGGCAGCUGCAGUAAGCGGAACGGGCGACAAGUCGUCAUCGCAGGUUCUCCUAAUGGUGGACGGAGCCCCGACCGCCGAGCACUUCCGUCGCCAGGGCCUGUCGGACAAUCUGGCAGCCGCGGCCAGCGACUACGUCAAGCAGGGUUUGUUCCAGUGCGAAGACUGCCGCGAGUCGUUUGAGCAGCAGAGCCAGUUGAGCUCUCACCACGCCCAGGGCUGCCCGCGGGCUCGGGGGUUGCGGCGGAGUCUGUCGGCCAUGGAUGCCGCGGCCGUACAGUCGCAGGAGCUGAAAGCGUUGAAGUCUUCCCAGAGGUCUCAGCUGUCGGCCGAUGUCCUCUUUGUUGGAGACGCGCAGCACAUCAAGAAAGCUAACCCCGCCCUGCUCAAGUCUCUGUCCACGAAUGAUGCCGAGCACAGUCAUAUGGAGGUCGUCAAAGAGCAGCUGACUGCAGUGUCGGCAACUUCACAGGAAAUCAAACAGCAGCAACAGCAGAACUUGGUCAUGGACAGCCUGCACCCGAGCCAGCCACGAAGGAAGGGCAGACCCAAAGGCUCCAAGAACCGGCCGAAAGAUUUGAACCUGGUCCUGGCAAAAGCCUCGGCGAAGGCGCAAGUGACCACGCAGGCUCUCUUGGCGGGCAACAGACAGGGCACUCUGGGGACGCUCACGCUGGACACUGGCAAACAGAAGGAGUCGUCGACGGCCGCCGGCCAGACUUUGACUUCUGGGAGUCAGGUCCUACUCCUGCAAGGGUCGCCGUUCCCCAAACUCAUCCUGCCCAUGUCUGCCGCUGUUACCUCCGCGACAGGCCAGCCUUCCUCGUCGUCGCACAUCUCACUACCCAUCUCGGAGGCCACCGCCGCGACCUUGAACAUGCUGACGAGUGUGGGAGGGGUGGCAGCGAGCAGCGGAAGUAUGAUCGGUCAGCCCAUGGUGCCCGUAGUUCCCGCGGGGAGCGGGAUUAUGAGACAGCUGAGCUCGGGAUCAAGCCCGCGGACGCCCGGCCUCCUGUCCGCGUCCACGAAGAGUGGGAGUAUCGCGGCCUCCGUGCCCAUCAUCAGCGUGAGUCCGGCGGGGGCCGCCGCCGUGUCCCUGCCCACGUUCAACCUGAGCGGGACCAGUUCGGUCCCUGUGCUGCCCCCCGGCACACCCCUCAGCAUCUCGGCCACCCCUUUCACUGGUCUGUCCAGUGCCUCUGUGUCUGGGUUCACCCCCGGCACGCCCCUAGCCUCGCUCACCCCGGGCACGCCCCUAGCCUCGCUCACCCCCGGCACGCCAAAGUCGGGCCUCAUGCUAGGAUUUCCCCUGGCAGGCCUCCCGCCAGGCACCCCCGGCACCCCCAUCACGCCGCUGACACCCACCAACCACCCGCUAGCUCUGGCCAAGGUCAUCAAGCCCCAGUCCAGCACCGACUCUGCCCCCCACCUCUCGGCUGUGGCGGUGUCGGGCGGUGUGCAGAAACUGACCUCCGGCCCAGGUCUGACCUUGAACAUUACCUCGGCGCAGUCGGUGGGCAGCGCCCAGUUCUCCCAGAACUCCCCACGCGUCAUUCCGUGCAUUCCGGCCGUCUCCUUCCACAGCGGAGGGGGAGACAACAGCUCCCUGGCCAAACUGUCGCUGACGGCUGCCUCGUCCGUCGCGAGCCCCCUCCCCGACACCAGAUCCCUACAGCCCUCCGUUCUCCGCAUGUCUCAGCUAAGCUCCGCCCCCGGCUCCUCCCACGCGGCCACCCCGGACACGCCCACUGAGCUCCUGAGCGGGACCAUGCGGCGGCUCAAGGACAAGCUGUUGUUGAAGCAGUCGCUGAGUCUAGAGCGGAGUCACGAGAGGACAACCACUGAGAGGAGCCUCAGUAUGGACCCCUCGGCUCUCAGCCACCACCACCACGCAGGGACACCCACACCCCGCCCGCCAGCUCCCGAGCCCCCUCUGUCUGUGGUGUACCCGGUCGCUGGCUCCAAGCAAGCUGCCGCCCCGCCAUCCUCCAACUCUGUCCUACUCGCGUCCCUCACCAAACCGGUCGUGUCUUCGCAGAAACUGGGCAGCCAGCCUAACGCGGUGAUCACGUCGGCUGUGAUGGGAAAGAGCAAAGACUCCUCGCUGGAGAAGACAGCCCCAGAACCUUUCUUCAGAUCCGAGUCGGAGACGCCCCUGGUCCCAGAAGGCAUGGGGGUCAAAUCCCACCCUCCGGUGAUGAGAGCGUUCUCAGAGCCGGCAGCCGCAGCCAAGAAGGUGAAGAAGGUCAAACCAAGCAAGCCGUCGCCGCUGAGUAUUGAAGAGAAAAACGUCGUGUCGUCGUCGUCGUCUUCUUCUUCUGAAACGAUGAAGGCGGUCCCGCCCAAAAUUCUCUCCUCCCCGUCCUCAAAGCUCAGCUCAGCAGCGUCUGUGGGAUCCGACGGAACGCCCUCGAAGAAGCAAUGGAGCCUCCAGUGUAAAAUGGAGAGCGGCUGCGAGUCGUUUGACUCGGGCAUGUUCAGCAUGUCUCAGGACAACCCUUUUGUCUUCCCCAAGGUUCACGGGGGACUGGACAGCCACGAGCUUACGAUGGACCUGUCGGACGACACCUUCAACAACAAAGUCACCGUCCCCAUCAACUACGCAGCUCACUUCAUCCACAUGGACUGGCUGCAGAGCGGGCCGCUUCGGAUGUCGUGGCGCUCGCAGAGAACCCUCCUCCCCCUCACGCUGCCCGGCUCCAGGAUCCAGCUCCCGGCCGUCAGCGAGUCGGGCGCGUCUCACAAGGACACCAAGAACUGGCUGCUCAAGCGCUCGCUGUCCCUUCACAGCCACUUUCAGAUCCUGGUCUAUUUGUGGACGUCCUCCUCCCCGAUCACGCUCGACUCCAUGACGGCCAUGGCCAUCGCUAGAGGGAACCCCUCGCCCACGCUUCUGGGGCACGCCAUUUUCUCCAGCCGCUCGCAUCUGUCUCUGCCUCCUCCUCCUCCUUCCUCCUCGGAGGUUGCGGCGGGGAACUCGACAACUGCGAGUGGUUGUUCGGACGGCGCGAAGCCGGCCGCUAAACCUGAAGUUUCCUCAUUCCCACCGCCAGCGGCGGCGUCAGAUUCGAUUGAUUUGACCAGAGAGGAAGGUAUGGAGAUGGGAUCGCUGGACACGCCUCAGCCGCUGGGGAAGCUGAGUAUCGCGGAGAGUUUUGAUGACGCCGACACUUCCGAGGGGUCGUCUGUGGACAAGGAGCAACAGACGCCGUCUGACGCGUCGUCACUUCGAGACAAUCAGACGUCGGUGCCUUCAUCAUCGUCAUCGUCAUCGUCAUUGUCUUCGGCCCCGACCCCGCUUCAGUUGCUCAUACCCAUGAAAUCCGCAUCAGCUACAGCCACCUCUGUGUUAGCGGCCGGGGGCUCGUCUUCGCCUGCUCUACCCCCUCCGCGACCGCCACAUUCUUCCUCCUCUUCUUCUUCAUCCUCCUCGUCAAUGAUUUCAUCACUGUUAUCAUCAUCAACACCACCAUCACCAUCAUCGCUGAGAGUGCAGGUGUCGAAAUCCACGACUCCUUCCACAUCAUCAUCAUCAUUAUCGUCAUCAUCAUCAUCCUCGUUUGAGCAGCUCCCACCCCCUCCCGCGACCCCAGCCACCCCGUCGGGCUCGCUCAACUCCCCGAUGUAUGGCCACUGGUGCCCCACCCUCUACACCACCAGCCACGUGACCUUCUGCUGCAUACAGCGGCCACAGCCCAUGUACGUGGCCGUCAAGGGCAGCAAGCGGGUGUCCAUGUACUCGGACUGGAGGCUGGCUACGCACAACCCCAACCCAGAGGGCCUCACCUCCCGCAUGUUGCUGGCUCUCUACAAGUCACACUAUGUGACAGACCCGGUGUAUGCUCAGUGUGCCAUGCUGCCCACCUACGGAGGCACACAGACACACAGCUCUUACUGGACCUACCAGAGGAAGAAACUGGGGCUGGGCAAGAGAGGGACUGGGGAACUGGUCAAGCACAAAGCCACCUACAGACCCUCAUCUCCCAGCUGUUGUCCCAGACCAAACCUCUCUCUGGCCUCAACCUGGGCGCCUCGGACAGCCUAAGCCUAAGCCUAAGCCCAAGCCCAGCCACGGCCCAGGGCUCUGCUAAGCCUGUGCUCUCCACGCUGCUGAGAACUUCCUCCUCCCAGGAUGCGGAGCCAAUGGCUGGAAGGAAAGGGACAGGAUCGUCCACGUCGGCCAGUUCAGAUGUCAGAAGAUUGAGGCAGAUAUCGGGGGCUGGAAAUAUCGCCGCUGAUGUACCCAGUACCGCUCCACCGCCACCACCACCAGCAGCGACUUCCGGUACGACCAUCGCCACCGCAGGGGAUGUGGGCAGUCAGAGGGCGAGCCCGGACCGCGAGCGUGAGGAAGCGGACGGGGACUCCCAGAGCGCUGACAGUGGCAAGCAGAGGGAGCUGUUCAUCGUCACUGAUGAGAGCGAGCUGGCAGCGGCGAGUAGCGCCACCCGACGGGACCGGCCCAUGUCCUUGAAGAGACGGCGCGAGUCGGCGGGACUGUCGCUGUCACUGCCACCGUCACCCAGCAGGAUGACAGCGACAUCGUCUUCGAGCUCCUCCCCACCCGCCCCCGCCCCCGCCCGCCCCAAUCAGCUGUUCCUUCAAAAGUCUCCGCUGUCACCAGGAAGACAACAGCAACAGCAGCCAGCCACCAACCUCCCCAGCCCGUCUCUCCUCGCCUUCCUCCCGGCCUACGUCUCCUCGCGGCAGGCUCUGAAGGGUCGCUCGGGCAAGCCGACGGACCAGGGCCCCAUCAUCGGUCAGUUUGUCCGCAAGGACAGCCAGAUGACCAGCAGCACGGCCAGCGUGGCGCUCACCCCGAGCCUGGUUCUGGCCGGUCAGUCCCAGCCCUUCCAGUUCAACAUUCCCUUCCCUGGUGGGGCAGGAGCCGGGGGGCUGGACACCCCAGUCACGCCCUCUGCCUCCUCCACUACCUCCCUGACCUCCGCGACCUCCGCCAGCGGUGGCUCCAAAGGUUUCCCCCGCACUAUUCCAAUCGUGACGAUCACAGACACGUCUGGCGACACACCCAGCCCCACCGCGGACACACCGUUUGCCAGACUGGCUGACCCUUUGCCGUCCCAGAAGGCAAUGCCACUGUCGUCGUCAUCUGUGGCGACAUCACGGCCCAUUACAUCCUCUUCCUUAACUUGGGCAGCAGUAGGAGCACCUACAUCGACAAUAUCUACAACAACAACAACAGGGGGGCCGGCAUUCUUCUCUUCUGCUCAAACUGUGACGACAUUCUCCUCUUCCUCGUCACUGCCGUCUCUGGCAACCAUAAAGACGUCGGUAAGUGGCACGGCACUGUCGAGUGUGAGUGGCGGCAUCAGUAGCGUCAUCAAAACGUCGUCCAUCAGGCCGUCGCUGGAGUCGAAGGGCCGGUCAAACUCUGACAGCGCCACCUCGCUCCCCGGGGCCCGGCACGACGGCCCGACGAAGUCACUGCCUCCGCGACGCGACAGUGCCAUCGAGUCUCUGAUCAGGAAGAGUGCUAUGCCGAUGUUGCUGAUGACGGGCGGGGCUGAGUACGCUGACAGACCCAUGCCAUCUCCCGCAAGCACCACUACGCUGGUCACGGGGGACAACUCUGCCACAGGCACGUCCCUGGCCACAGGCCGCGCGUCUUCUGCCACAGACGACAACACUCAGGACCAACCAGCGGCCAAACGGGUGCGCCGCUUGAGCUCGGGGAAGUCUCGCUUCCUGCGUCGGCAGCGGUCGCUCGCUGAUGAUUCCGCGUUUUUGUCACUGGACAAAGAAUCUCCGUCGUCUUUGGAGUCCCUCAAAACGCAGAGUUCCGACGGGAGUGUGCCGAAAGCGGAUGUUCCCGUGAAAACUGCGGCGGAGUUGGUCAAAAGCAAGUCGUUACAGGACCGCACGACAUCCUCCGUGGAGCCUUCGUCGACUCUACAGUCAUCCAGGAAUUCAGCCCGUGGGGAGCAGGACUCGGAGAAAGUGGAAGGCGAGACAGAGGAGGAGGAGAAGAAGAAGGAGGGUCGUGUGGAAGCAGGCGAACAGCGCAGCGCCAUCGGGCAGGUGCGGCAGGAAGUGGAGAAACAGCAGACGUCAUGCAUGUUCUGCUCCGAGACGUUUGCCAACAAGGAGGCCCACAACACGCACCUGCGCUCGCAGAAACACAUCUGGGUGUUGGAGAACCUGGGCAUCUUGCCCUCAGGAACGUAUGAGAAGCUACGACAGAGCGAGAGACAGGAGAAGGGAGUUGGGAGAAGUCGGGAGGAGGAGGAGGAGAAGGUCAAGCAGGAGCUGGAAAUGGAGAAGCAGACGCUGGACGGCCUGAGGAUGGAGACCUCCGCCGCUGACGGUGUCCUUGACCCGCAGCCAGCCUCCUCAAUGAAGACGGAGAGCGCGGGCACCGCGGCAACAGCCCCACCCAUCUCUUCUGCUGUCGGGGACCGAGUGAGGGCCGCUGGCGUUAUGGCGGCGGCGGCCGAGGGCAAAGGGGAAGCGAGCAAGGCUGGUUUGGUAGCCGCGGUACCGUUGGUGGGGCCUGUGGUGACCGACGUCCCUUUGUUGCGGCGAGCGUACAGUUGCCAGGAGGGAUUUAUGACGAGCUCGGCUCUGGGCGGCGCCGGUGGCUCUAGCAGUGGCGUGGCGCGGCCGCAGCGCCCGGCGUACAAGCGCAAGAUCUCGCACCAGCCCGUGACGGAGAAGGCCACGCUGCUCUUCACCCCGCACCUCAACGAAAGCCUCCGGCAGUCCCUGGCCAAGCGGGCGCGUUUGGGGCUGGCUCACAGCGCGGCCGCUCAAUCGGGCGACCCUGAGCCCGAGUCGGAGGGGCUUCUGGUCAUCGACGAAGAGAAAAGCAACUCUGGGGGGAGCUCUGGCGUGACGAUGAUGACGACAACAGCAACAACGACAACGAUGACAAAUGCUGCCACUGCUGCUGUUGCUGCUGCUGUAGUUCCACUGAUGUCAACGUCAUUGUCUGCUUCUUCUUCUCCUCCGUCUGUUGCUGUGGCGACGGGGACGACAGCUGCAGCCAUUCUGCCCGUGGCGUUGUUCAAGAACUUGGAGGCGUCGAAGAUGUCGUUGAGCUCGGAUCCCCCGCCUCUGACACGGGCCGUGGGUGGUGGAUCAGAGGUGGCAGCAUCACCGCCACGCGCCGCUCGUUACCCGACUACAGUGUCGUCAUCGUCGUCGUCGUCACCACUUGUGACAGGUCAGUCGGUGACAGAACUGACUGCUGCUGCUGUGAGUCUCACGUCAGCACCGCCGCCGCCUCUGUGUCAGACUGUCGCUGUGGCGUCAACUUCUAUGCCAACUGCUGCGACGACAGUGUCGUUGUCAUUGCCUGCAGCGGAAGUGGCCGCGCUGCCUCUGUCGACUGUGCCAGUGACAAGUGUGUCAAUAGUGCCGUCGUCAGUGACAAAUGUGACAGCGGUGCCACUGUCAGUGCCAUCUUUGCCGUCAGUGACGAGGGCUCACAGCUGUGGUCUGUGUGACAAGGCGUUCCCUUCUCUGGAGCUGCUUAAGCGCCACCUGCUAAGCCAUGCGGAGCCUCGCCCCUAUGUGUGUCAGUUCUGUGAUGCUGGGUUCACCAACGACCGAGCUCUACGCACACACCUGCUUACUCAUGGACAGGAUCGUCCGUACAUCUGCGGUAACUGCGGCGACACGUUUGCCCGGCCCCAGGAUCUGCAGCUGCACUACUCCAGCCACUCCUCCACGUCCAUCCGCCAGCCGCCCACCUCCUCUUCCAUGCAGCAGGGAGGAGCCUCCUCUUCCUCCUCCUCCUCCUCCUCCGCCUCCGUGCGACAGAUGACAGUCUCACCCUCCUCCUCCUCCUCCUCCUCUCUCACUCCUGUGGGGAUUUUGCCUGUGCAGACAGGGCUGGUGGGUGGGGGGUCAGCGAUGGUUGGAACUGCACAGAGAGUUGCUGAGACUACCGAAGCCGAUGCUGUGUUGUCGGCGGUUAUGGGGUCGUUGGGUGGCCCAGUGCAAGAUGGACCCGGUGUAGCGAGUGAAAACGCGGUGCACGGCGUGCGGCAAGACAGGCUGGAAGUGGCGAGUGAAAGCGCUGCGCCACAUGGCAUGCAGCUGGAUGACGCGAGUGGCAACAACUCUGACCCAAACUCCGAUCCUGCAGGAGGUGCGAGAGGUUUUGAGGCCACGGCGGAAAUGUCGCUCAGGAGACAGGCUGAAGCUACGGUACCGGCCGUCGGUGGGGCAGAAGUUGUGGUCUCGUCUGUCACUUCGGUGCCGUCGGGCUCGUCAGCUAGACCACCGCAAGCGGAAGUGAUGACAUCCUCAUCUACGGUAGCGUCGUCGUUGAGUGCGGUGCGAGGGGCAGUGGCUUCCUCUCUGCUCCCCACCACCACCACCACAACCUCUUCUUCCUCCUCCUCCUCCUCCUCCCCCUUCUCUUCUACUCCAGGCUUAUUGGCAUCACAGCAUGUCCAAUCGGCUCUAGUCAUCUCUGACUCUUCCUCCUUCACCUCUUCUUUCACCACAUCCUCCUCCUCCUCCUUCACAUUCACCUCCACCGCCCCCUCAAUACCUUCUACAAUCACGUCCACGUGUGCGUCUGUCGGCGAGUCUGGUCGCGGCGUUCAGACCGGUGGGGACAACUUUGGUGUCAGCAGCAUCAUCCCCACCACCACCACCGCCACUGCUGCUUCUGCAAUCAUCAAUGACAACAGCAACAACAGCGCAGACACCUUCACCAUCGCCACCCACGACGCGACAGCAGCCAACAGCUCAUCAGACGGCUUCGUAAACCAUCAGCAGCAGCAGCAGCAGCAGACUGAAGGAUUGACCGUCCUCAGCGCUAGUAGAGCUGGCCGUGAUGCUGCUACUGCGGCUGCGACCAGUGGUGCUGGUGAUUGGGGAGAAGACCAAGGAGAGCAGCAGCAGUGUAUUCAGCAACAGCAGCAUCAACAGCACAUGUCACAACAGCAUGAACAGCAGCAACAACAACUCUUACAGCAGCAGCCACAGGCCGCCCCCACCCCUCCCUCCACCAAUCAGAUGUCACUAGUCCCGCCCCCAACCCCUCCCUCCACCAAUCAGAUGCCACUAGUCCCGUCCCCUGCCCUUCCCAUGGGAGACCAGUUGCUGUCGGACCCUCCCCGCUUCCCUCUCUUCACCAACCAGACAUCGUCAUCCUCUUCUUCCUCCGGUACUUCCACCCUCCUCCCACACCUCACGGGCUCCGCCUAUCCACCCAUCGGUACAGACAGCGACAGAGAUGACAUAUCGGACUGCCAUACUGAUCCCGACAGGACUCAGACCUUAGAACAAGCAUCUGUAGCUCAUGAAAGCAUGGAAUACCAAAACGUCUUCAGUGAUGAAAACAUGUCGGCACAAGAGAGUAUGGAAUAUCAAAGUGGCUUUGAUGGAGAGAGCACACAGGGAUUUACUUUGGCAGAAGAUGAGGAGGAGGAAGAGGGCAGAAAUGUGGAUAGACAGAGUCAUUCUGAUCCGGUGUUCCUUCCUCAGACAUACUAUGGAUUGUCUUAA